UUGGAUUGUCGGUUCCUACUUCAUAUCGAAUCCCUUCACAAUGCUGGGAGUCAUGGCACUUCGAUGCUGGCUGAUCUCUGUGGUUUGCAGCUUCUCAACGAGAUCCGAGUUGAGAGAUGCGCUGCUCCAGUGGUACCAUGCGGACGAGGCAACCAAGUUGCAGCUGCCCCACGGAGCGCCUGGUGGAUGGGACGUUUCAUCGGUGACGAAUAUGAAUGGCCUCUUCAAAGACCUGGAGCACUUCAACGAGAACAUCAGCGCCUGGGAUACCUCCAAGGUCGUCGACAUGAGCUCCAUGUUCUACGGAGCGGCUGCCUUCAACAUGCCCAUCGGUCCCUGGGCGGAAGCAUUGGUCCUGGCACCGGGCCAGUGGUGCCAUGUACGCUCCAGGACUCCAACUUAACGAUGCUCAUCUACCAUGAACGAUGCAGUCAUUGUCGAGGUCGUUUUAAUUGCCCCGAAGCUCCGAAGCUCCGAAACUCCUGCCCUUCUCCUCUCGCCAGGUCUCUUCUCCUGCCCUUCUCCGCUCUCCGAGCUGGGUCGGUGGCAUCUCUCCCAACGACGCCAUGACCGGGCUCCGCUCCGUCUCCGCUCCGUUCCCCGGUGACGCCGCCGGUGGGUGCCGCUGGCAACCGCCGCAGUCAGAGUCAGUCAGGUGCAGCCAGCCGUUGCCGUGUGUGCUGAGUGCUAAGAAGUAGAGAGAGUUAACUGGCCGUUGUGGUUUCUUUUUUACUCUUUCUUUGCGACAUACAAUUAGGAUUUGAGAGUGGUAGGGCAAACAACUGGCAGUUGCCACAGAUGUGGUAGGAGAUUGGUCGCCCAUCCAACAAACGCAACAUUGACAGAUAAGAGCAAGACGGUAGGAAAUAGCUUCGCCCCCAAAAGUAGUACUGUAAUACUGAUUGCUUCUAUGUCGAAACCAAGGCGAGUGGAACACAUCACGCGUGCAGACCAUGAACAAGAUGUUUUGGAAGGCUACGAAGUUCAACCAACCAAUUGGAUCGUGGAAAACAUCAGCAGUCAUCAACCUGUACGGCAUGUUCUACAGAGCCGCUUCCUUUGAUCAGCCAAUUAAUGCUUGGGAUACGGCCAGUGUGAGGAACAUGAAAGGCAUGUUUUACGGGGCUACGAAUUUCAACCAACCCAUUGGAUCGUGGAAGACCGCAGCAGUCGUUGAUAUGUCCUUUAUGUUCCAACAUGCCACUUCCUUCGACCAGCCGAUCGGUGCUUGGGACACAGCCGAUGUGAGAGACAUGAAAAGCAUGUUUUACCAAGCUAAAAUGUUCAACCAGCCCAUUGGAUCGUGGAACACAUCAGCAGUCGUUGACAUGUCCUUUAUGUUUCAGCAUGCCAGUUCCUUCAACCAGCCAAUCGGGUCGUGGAAGACCGCAGCAGUCGUUAACAUGUCCUUUAUGUUCCAGUAUGCCAGUUCCUUUGACCAGCCAAUCGGCGCUUGGAAUACAGCCAAUGUCAGGGACAUGGGCAAUAUGUUUGCGGGUGCAGUGGUCUUUAACCAGCCCAUAGGGUUGUGGAACACUUCCGCAGUGACGGACAUGCAGCAAAUGUUCAUUGGUGCCACUUCCUUUGAUCAGCCGAUCAGUGCUUGGAAUACGGCCGGUGUGAGGAACAUGAAAGGUAUGUUUUACGAAGUGCCGAAGUUCAACCAACCCAUUGGAUCGUGGAACACUGCAGCAGUGGUCGACAUGUCUUUUAUGUUCCAGCGAGCCAGCUCCUUCGACCAACCGAUCGGUGCUUGGGAUACUGCAAAUGUCAUUGACAUGCGGAAUAUGUUCACGGUUGCAGUGGCCUUCAGCCAGCCCAUAGGGUUCUGGAACACUUCGGCAGUGACAAACAUGCACCAAAUGUUCCAUGGGGCCAGUUCCUUCGAUUAGCCAAUCGGUGCUUGGGACACGGCCGGUGUGAGAGACAUGAAAGACAUGUUUUACGAUGCGACGAAGUUCAACCAGCCAAUCGGGUCGUGGAAGACCGCAGCAGUCGUUGACAUGUCCUUUAUGUUUCAGGGUGCCAGCUCCUUCGAUCAGCCGAUCGGUGCUUGGGACACCAGCUCAGUUGCAAACAUGUCUAGCAUGUUCGGAGGAGCAACGUCCUUUGACCAACCCAUCGGUGCAUGGGACACGUCUCGAGU